AGAGAGAGAGAGAGGGAGGGGAUGGGGCAGGCUGGUAACCGGGCUGUAACGGGGAUAACCUGCAGCCUCUCGCCUCUCAGACGCUCUGAUGGAGUGAACCGGGCAACGAUGCGCGUUUAUUUCCGUUCUCUGUCGAUCAUGGAGAGGGUUCACGUCUCCUCUCAGUGAAGCCCGGGCCAGGAGGGGUCAGAGGUCGCCCACCCAUAAAUCUGCACUUCUCCCCUCUUUACCCCCCCGACACCUCCCCCACCUCCCCACACUGUCCUCCCCCCCAAACUCACCAUAACCUCACUUUUGCCACAAACUCCAGCCCCCUCCCUGCACCUGUUUCCUGCCUGCCAGCCUCAGCCAAUCAGCUCCAGAGAACCUGCUGUAGAAAAGCAACUUGAGCGUUUCAUGACGAGAGCCGAUCACUCCCUCACCAGACGCUGCACCCAGGUGUCCCUAGUCGUCCUCUCAGAUUAACGCCUCUCACAUCCAGGGCUUCAAGAUGAUGUGCGAGGUGAUGCCCACCAUCUCCGAGGAUGGGCGCGGCGGAGGGGGAGGCGGCUCGUCCUCCCCGGCCGGCGGCGGAGGAGGGAUGGGCGGAGGAGGGAUGGGAGGCAUGGGGGCCUACGGCAGCCGGGACCCCCGCGCCUCUGGUGGAGGUGGCGGCGGCGGAGGAGGAGGAGACGAAGGAGGAAGCACGGGCAACCUGGAGUCGCUGAUGGUGAACAUGCUGACGGAGAGGGAGAGGCUGCUGGAGAGCCUGAGGGAGACCCAGGAGAGUCUGGGGACGGCCCACCUACGACUGCGGGAGCUGGGCCACGAGAAGGAGUCGCUCCAGAGGCAGCUGUCCAUCGCCCUGCCACAGGAGUUUGCAGUGCUGACCAAAGAGCUGAACCUCUGCCGGGAACAGCUGCUGGAGAGAGAGGAGGAGAUAGCAGAGCUGAAGGCAGAGAGGAACAACACACGGCUGCUGCUCGAACAUCUGGAGUGCCUGGUGUCCCGCCACGAGCGCAGCCUGAGGAUGACCGUGGUCAAGAGGCAGGCCCAGUCCCCAGCCGGGGUCUCCAGCGAGGUGGAGGUCCUCAAAGCCCUCAAGUCCCUGUUCGAGCACCACAAAGCUCUGGAUGAGAAGGUGCGGGAAAGGCUGCGAGUGGCUUUGGAGCGAGUGGCGGUCCUGGAGGAGGAGCUGCAGUCCUCCUCUCAGGAGGUUGUGUCUUUAAGGGAACAAAUCAAGCGACGGCAGCAAGGACUAGACAACGGCAAAGAGCGGCUUCCUAACGGACCUUCCUCCAUCUUGGACGACGGAGAAAUCGACAGGCAGAGGGAGGGCGAGAUCGAGCGGCAGAGGUCGGAGCUGGGACAGUUGAAAGAGAGACUGGCCCUCAUGUGCAGACAGGUCGGGGAGAUCGAGGAGCAGCUGACGUCGGCCAGGAGGGAGCUGGCCCGAUCGGAGGAGGCCAACCAGAAACUACAGAGGGACGUGAAAGAGGCACUCUGUCAAAGGGAAGACAUGGAGGAGAGAAUCACCACGUUAGAACGCAGGUACCUGAGCGCCCAGAGGGAGGCAACGUCUCUCCACGACAUAAAAGAUAAACUAGAGAACGAGUUGGCCAGCAAAGAGUCUCUCUACAGACAGAGCGAGGAGAAGAACCGGCAGCUCCAGGAGCGUCUAGACGACGCCAAGCAGAAGCUGCAGCAAACUCUGCAGAGGGCCGAGACGCUGCCUGAGAUCGAGGCCCAGCUCGCCCAGAGAGUGGCAGCACUCAACAAGGCGGAGGAGCGUCAUGGCAACUUUGAGGAGCGACUGCGACAGAUGGAGGCGCAACUGGAGGAGAAGAACCAGGAGCUACAGAGGGCGAGGCAGAGGGAGAGGAUGAACGACGAACACAACAAGCGUCUCUCCGACACGGUGGACAAGCUUCUGUCUGAGUCCAACGAGAGGCUGCAGCUCCAUCUGAAGGAGAGGAUGGCCGCCCUGGAAGAAAAGAACGCCCUGUCUGAGGAGCUGUCGAACAUGAAGAAACUCCAGGAUGAUCUCUUAGCAAACAAGGACCAACUGAUAGCGGAGCUGGAACGGCUUCAGCUGGAGUUAGAUCAGCUGAGAGCCAGACCCGGGGGCUCCUAUUCCAGUCGCUCUCUGCCAGGCAGCGCUCUGGAGCUGAGGUAUUCCCACGGGGGCGGGUCCCUCCCAGCAGGUUCCACCACUCACCUGGAUCCCUUCGGUAACGCCUCCACCGGGGGCGUGGUCAGGCGAAGCCACCGGGCCCGUUGGAGCUCUGCCCGAGAGGACUCCACCAAGUACCCAGACUGGGAGAGCGGGGGCCUGCUGGGGACCGGGUUCGAGCCGGGCAUGGACGUGGGCUGCUCCGACGACGAGGACGACGGGGAGCCUCGGUUUGGCUCCGAGCUGCUGUCGCCCAGCGGACAGACGGACGUGCAGACCCUGGCCAUCAUGCUGCAGGAACAGCUGGAGGCCAUCAAUAAGGAGAUCAAACUGAUCCAGGAGGAGAAGGAGAACACAGAGUUGCGGGCCGAGGAGAUUGAGAGCCGGGUCAGCGUGGCUUUGGACAGCCCGCCCAUCCCUCCGACCUCCCUGGGGAGAGACGGCACAGGACGGGGUUUCAUCCCCUCGUCCAUCACGUCCUCCACCCUGGCCUCCCCCUCUCCCCCCAGCUCUGGACACUCCACCCCUCGCCUGCCUCACUCCCCGGCCCGCGAGACCGACAGACAGAACAACAAAGAUGAUGAUCGGUCCCUCGCUCUUCUCGACUCUACGCCUCCUCCCACUCCUCGUGCGCUGCGAUUGGACAGGAUGACCCUCACCCACCCGGGCGCGAUGCUCGACGACCCCCGGGAGUUUCGCAGUCUCUCGGCAGAUGGCAGCAGCUCCAACAGCAGCCAAGAUUCUCUCCACAAGUCCAGCAAGAAGAAAAGCAUCAAGUCUUCCAUCGGUCGGCUUUUUGGAAAGAAGGAGAAAGGGAGGAUGGGCCAGCCGGGACGGGAUGGAUCUGCUUCUCUUGCAUCUACACCCUCUGAGGACCUGGCCUCCGGAGACCCGAUGGGGAUGAACAAGACUGGGACUCUGGGUCCUGCAGAUAAAGAUCGCCGCAGCAAGAAGAAGCACGAGCUGCUGGAGGAAGCCUGUCGCCAAGGACUUCCCUUUGCAUCCUGGGACGGACCGACUGUUGUAUCUUGGUUGGAGCUGUGGGUGGGGAUGCCGGCCUGGUACGUCGCAGCCUGUCGCGCGAACGUGAAGAGCGGCGCCAUCAUGGCCAACCUGUCGGACACCGAGAUCCAGAGGGAGAUCGGCAUCAGUAACCCGCUGCACCGCCUCAAACUGCGGCUGGCCAUCCAGGAGAUGGUGUCCCUCACCAGCCCGUCCGCCCCGGCCAGCACUCGAUCUUCGACCAGUAACGUUUGGAUGACCCACGCUGAGAUGGAGUCCCUGAACGCCGCCACCAAGCCUCCGGAGCUGAAAGAGUUCAGCUGGGAUCAGAUCCUGGCCUACGGCGAUAUGAAUCAUGAGUGGGUGGGCAACGACUGGCUGCCCAGCCUGGGCCUGCCGCAGUAUCGCAGCUACUUCAUGGAGUCCCUGGUGGAUGCCCGCAUGUUGGACCACCUGACCAAGAAGGAGCUAAGAGGACAGCUCAAAAUGGUGGACAGCUUCCACAGGGUCAGUUUGCAUUACGGCAUCAUGUGCCUGAAGCGGCUGAAUUACGAUCGCAAAGAGCUGGAAAGGAGGCGAGAGGAGAGCGCCCACCAGAACAAAGAUGUGAUGGUGUGGUCCAACGAGCGCGUGAUGUGCUGGGUGCAGACCAUCGGCCUGAAGGAGUACGCCGACAACCUCCGUGAGAGCGGCGUCCACGGGGCUCUGCUGGCUUUAGACGACACCUUCGACUACACCGACCUGGCCCUGCUGCUGCAGAUCCCCAAUCAGAACACACAGGCCAGACAGCUCCUGGAGCAAGAGUACAACUCCCUCAUCUCCAUGGGAACCGAGAGACGACCCGAUGAGGAUGGAACGAAGACGUUCACACGCUCGCCCUCCUGGAGGAAGAUGUUUAGGGAGAAAGACCUACGGGGCGUGACCUCUGACUCUGCCGAGACCCUGCCUGCUAACUUCCGUGCCUCAGCCAUCUCCACGCCCUCCGUUACCCUGAGAAAGGUUCAGAGUGAUGCCAACUCUGGUGCCCGGGGUGAAUCUGCCUCAGUGAGGACGUACUCCUGUUGAAGGGGCUGAGGGCGCUGACUGGAUUGGGACUAGAGGACCCUCUCGCUCAUCCACGGAGAAAGAAGCAAUUAAUAUAACCAUUUAACUUAAAAAUAAAUCUAUCGGUCUGACCAUUCUGCAAUAACAGAAGCAAAAGGAAUAAAGGGGGAAAAUGACAUGAAGAAUGUAUGAAUGUAUUUUCCGACCAGACGGGGGUGGAGGGAGCUGGAGGAAGGUCGAACGGGGGGAUCAGCUGUUUUCUCUCUCAGUCUCUCUCUUCCUGUCGUUCUGUCUUUGCUCUUCCUCUCUCAGCGAGACUAAAGGACAACGGCGGUGUUGGUUAGGUUUGUACCCCACUCCUCCCCCCCGACCCUCCCCCCGUCUGUCUUUCAUUCCUGUCGGUGUCUGCACACAGUCAGCAGAGUUGGCGAUAUCAGGGCUUAUUUUUCCUACCUUUAGAGGAAACCACUCGCUGCCAUUUCUUCUCUUUACAGUACAAAAACAACUAAACAUGUCGCCUUACAACUUCUGCUCAGCAGCAGGUGUUUUUAUCGAGAGUCGGGGCAGGAGUUGAACCUCACCGUAAAGUUUUUGGAUUUUAAAACCAAGAGGGGGGGAUGUUUUAAACUGCUCUAAACAACACCGGAGUUCUCCUUUCUACUCACGAGGUGGCUGGUGUCUAGUGUCGGCUAUUGUGGCUCUAUUGUCGGCUUCUAUGGUCCCAUCAGGGGCGUCGGAGUGUCCCCAAUUGAGUCGGAGCGGUGUAGUAAAUUCAGACCACCAUUUAGCUCCGACCACAUCAGAGGUAGGGGGUUAGGGGAGGUGGGGGGGGGACCCUCUUCAAGCUUUUGUCUAUUGGCACCUUGAAAACCGAUAGGCUGAGUAAUUUCUUUUGAAGGGAGCCCAUUAUAGAGAUCAAAGGCACAGAGGUGGAUGGGACAGGGUGGAGCGAGGCCACGGAGGGAUUGUGGUCAGUCCAAUCCAUAAAGUCGUGUCGGGGCCAGGCUCUAGAAAAGGCGUUCUUUACGAGGAGUUCGUUUUAACUUGGCUUUGUCGAUGUUAAAGGAGCCCUGCUCGGAGACAGAACUGUUGUCUGUGGCUCUGGACGUUAUAAAGUUUGGAAAAAUUAGUCGCAGCGCUGUCGUCUGCACUGUCCUGCCUUGAGGAGCUUGAGACUUGGCGUGGGGUUAGAAAUCGGCGUGCAUUUAGGUGUGGGUGAGUUAGUUUAAUGAAAGACUUUCAACCUGCAUCGUGGGAAAUGUAGGAUCCAGUGUGUCAUGAGUUUGACCCACACUAGGAACUAAAAAGUCAGAAUAUCUCUGCUUCUGCUGCCUCAGUUUUGACGAUUCUAUCUCUUGUGAGACGCAGAUUUCUCAAGCUUAAUAAUGUAAUGUUUAUCAUAUUCUAAUGUUUUAUAGAUAAAGAUAAAAAGCUACUGUGUUUUGUGAAGCCAAAUUGUGAAAAAUCCAAUUGAAACAUUUGGUAAACAUUUGUAACUGGAGACUUGGUGACUCAGUAGAUGAUUUUCUCACUUUUCAGCCACGUCAGCCACCUGUGUUUGGGGGAUUAUUCCACCACUUUGGUCCGGUCUGAAAUACCUCAACAACUACUGUGUGGAUUUCAUGUCAUUCAUGGUCACCUGAGGAUGAUUUGUAAUACCUUUGGUGAUCCUCUGAUUUUAUAUCUAGCACCAUCAUCAGGUUAAAUCUUCAGAUUAGACUGAAUAUUUUGUUUUUUUGUGCAGUUAGUGUGACGAUAAUCCCUCCUGGUUGGAGUUUAAAAUGUUAAUAAGUUAGAAACAAAGUUAUUCUGGAGGAGAAUGUAAACAAGUAAAAUUGGUUUUUCACAACAUGGCAACCCAAAAAGUAGCUUGUUCCCAGCCUAUAAAACAUGAAAAAUAUGUAUUAACUUACAAAAUCCCUUUGUAAAGUAGAAAGUGGUGCUUAAGUUUUAAUUAUAUUAAGAAGCCAGACUCGGACUCGAAUUCCUCACUAGCCCUCCAUGAUCGUUGUGUGGUUUAUGACCUGUAAUCAUCAGCUCAGGGUCUUGGGUAAUCCUGAUGAUGGGAGAGGCGACAGAGAGACAAAACAGCGACUCAGAGGGAGGAAAGAAAACAAAACAAAAAAAAAAAACAGGAUGGACAGAAGCUGGUCAUUUUACCGCACACACAAGCCAUAAUAACAGAAAUCAAGAGCUCUCUGGGGGUGGGGGAGGAGGAAGGGGGGAAGAAUCAGGGUGGGGGAGAUCAGAGAGAGGCAGGAAGAGAGGGGCGAGCCCGAGGAAGCCCAGGAAACAAAACCUUUAGCCUCUGUGUUUACGAUGCAUGUCAAACAAACGACAAUGACCUAAAAACAUUUUUUUGGUGGUGAAGAUGAUAUGAGGUGUCGUUAAAAAAAAUAUAUAUCUGUAUGAUAAACCUACAGGGGUGGGAGCCUGGGGAUCAAUUUGUAAAAUGUGUGUAUUUUUUUCAGUUGUAUUUUUUAUUUUUUACGAUAACUAUUUAUUUUCUUUAGGUAUGUAUUGGAUAAAUGUAUGUACAUGUUCUGUUCCUUCUUGGCUUCAUUUGAACUAGUUUUAAAAGUAAAUAUGAAACAUUGAAAAUGGUCAUUCAAAUAUGCUACUGUAUGUGUACAUUUUGAGAACAAAUUGUGCAAUGAUUUAACAGAUUUCCAUGAUUAAAGUGAUAGUAAUACAAAUUGAAAAAUAUCAUCUGGAAAAUAAACAAUAAUGAUGAUGAUGAUAAUGAAAAUGGUGAUGUAAAAGAAGAAAAAAAUAAAGCGAUCCAGGUGGAUCUGCUGAUCAUCAAA